AAUGUAAACAAUGCGAUAGUGAGUGAAGUUGCACCUAGAUAAAGAUAUCAAAUUUACCCUAGUUUACAGGGAAACCAUGACGGUGAAAACAAGUGACGGGACGCGAAAAGAAGGCUACAAAGGCCAUGGAGAAGGCUCAUCAAAAAGAACAUCAGAAAAGACAAAUGCCAGAGGGAAAAGAGAGAAGAAUUCUCCUCAGACCAAGGUGGUGGCACGUCGUCUGCCCCCAACCAUGACAGAGGAAGAAUUUUUGGAAGCUGUGUCACCACUUGCAGAGUAUGAUUAUUUCAGCUUCGUCCCUGCCGACAAGAGUCUCGGGGCUCAUGCUUUCUCUCGAGCUUACAUUAAUUUUAAAAACACAGAUGAUGUUUUCACCUUUCGAGACAGGUUCGACAGCUAUGUGUUUGUCGAUAAGAAAGGUAAUGAAUACCCAGCUAUGGUGGAAUAUGCCCCAUUUCAGAAGAUACCAAAAAGAGCCGGAAACAAGAAGAAGGAUAUACGAGUAGGGACCAUAGACCAGGACCCAGACUUUAUGGCAUUUCUGGAAUCUCUAGAAAAACCAGAGUCAGUCCAGCUUCCAACACUAGAGGUUGUUUUGGAAGAGAUACAAGCUCAUGAACGGGAGUUAAAAGCCAACAAUGGAAUCAUAAAGGUGAAAACUCCACUUCUCGAGUUUAUCGAACAGAAGAAAGCAGAGAAGUUAAGAACAAAAGAGGAGAGGCGAGAGGAAAGGCGGAGGAAGGAAUUUGAGAGGAAGAAAGCUCGGGAAGAAGACAAGAAGAAGAGGAAGGACUUCAGGGACCACAGAGAAGUCAAGAAAGAGGAAGUGAGAGAGGUGAAAGAGGACGGCUCCGUGAAAGUGAGAGAAGUUUUGCGACCGGAGAGAGGGAAAGAACCCUAUGCUGCCGAAGGGAGACAAGAGAAG